UGUCUCCGCGCCCCGCACUCGGCGGCGCUCGGCUGUUUCCGGCCGCUCGCUCGGCGCUCGGGUCCGUGGCGGCUGCGGCGCCGGGCAUUUCUCCGCAGCUCGGCUCGCGGCCGCGCCCGCCGCCGCCCGGCCCCGCGCCCAUGCAGGCCAUCAAGUGCGUGGUGGUCGGCGACGGCGCCGUGGGGAAGACAUGCUUGCUGAUCAGCUACACGACCAACGCCUUCCCAGGAGAGUACAUCCCCACAGUUUUUGACAAUUAUUCUGCCAACGUGAUGGUGGACGGGAAGCCAGUCAACCUGGGGCUGUGGGACACAGCAGGACAGGAGGACUAUGACCGGCUGCGGCCACUUUCCUAUCCCCAAACUGACGUGUUUCUGAUCUGCUUCUCCUUGGUGAGCCCAGCCUCCUUUGAGAAUGUUCGUGCCAAGUGGUACCCAGAAGUGCGGCACCACUGCCCCCACACACCCAUCCUCCUGGUGGGCACCAAGCUGGACCUCCGUGAUGACAAGGACACCAUCGAGAGGCUGCGAGACAAGAAGCUAGCACCCAUCACCUACCCACAGGGCCUGGCCAUGGCCCGAGAGAUUGGGUCUGUUAAGUACCUGGAGUGCUCAGCCCUGACCCAGCGGGGCCUGAAGACAGUGUUUGACGAGGCUAUCCGGGCAGUGCUCUGCCCACCCCCAGUGAAGAAGCCUGGGAAGAAGUGCACAGUCUUCUAGAGCCCCUGCCCACUCAGGGCCCAGGAGCUGGCAGAGGAGCAACCCUGGACCCACCUGCUGUUGUGUUGAUAUGUCUGGUGUUGCUGAGUCUGUUUUGAGGGAAGGGUAUGGGGGGGAGGGGAAGAAGCAUGAGGUUAAGGCUGGGGCCACAGGGCCCUGAUCCCUCUGCCUCUUUCUGGGGUGUGGCUCCAGCCUUCCCUGGCCCCCACAGGAGGCCAAGAGGGAGCAGGGUCUCCCUCAGGGCUGCAGGGGCAGGUCCAGGGUAGCCCCAGGAUGGGCUUCCCUGCCAGGGAGGGUGGGGUAGGGUUCUGUCCAUUGUACCCAGGGAGGGAUGGUCCCUUCUUGUUUUAUACAAUAAACAUCCUGCA